GAGUCCGGUUGCAUAGAGUUCCGCUUUUCACAACGCCGCCGGUGGGAAGACAGUUAGAGAAGGUCGUUUCUCCCUGAGUGAUUGAAUCAAGCGGAACGAUGUCAUACCUACCAGCACUCUUUAAAUAUGUGGAUGAGCACCAGGACCAAUAUGUUCAGCGCCUGGCUCAAUGGGUUGAAGUACAGAGUGUGUCUGCCUGGCCAGAGAAACGAGGAGAAAUUAAGAAAAUGAUGGAAAUGGCAGCCAAAGAUAUCGAGAAACUCGGGGGAACUGCUGAGUUGGUUGACAUUGGCAUGCAGAAGUUACCAGGAGGUGAGCAAAUACCUCUUCCUCCGAUCAUUCUGGGCAGACUUGGCUCAGAUCCAGGGAAGAAGACUGUAUGCAUCUACGGACACUUAGAUGUUCAACCAGCCAGCAUUGAAGAUGGCUGGGACACACCUCCUUUUACUCUUGUGGAAAAAGAUGGCAAAAUGUAUGGACGAGGAUCCACUGAUGACAAAGGGCCUGUACUAGCCUGGUUCAACAUCAUUGAGGCCUAUCAGAAGAUUGGACAGGAACUUCCAAUCAAUAUAAAGUUCUGCUUUGAGGGAAUGGAGGAGUCUGGCUCCGAGGGAUUGGACGAGCUGGUUUUCUCCCGUAAAGAUUCUUUCUUUAAGGAUGUCGACUACGUUUGUAUCUCUGAUAACUACUGGCUGGGAAAGACCAAGCCCUGCAUUACCUAUGGGCUGAGAGGGAUCUGCUACUUUUUUAUCGAGAUGGAAUGCUGUGAUAAAGAUCUUCACUCUGGAGUGUUUGGAGGAUCUGUUCACGAGGCUAUGACAGACCUUAUAGCUUUGAUGGGCUCUUUAGUAAAUAGUAAGGGAAAGAUUUUAGUCCCUGGCAUUUAUGACGAUGUGGCUAAAUUGACUGACGAAGAGAAAAAACUCUAUGAGAAGAUUGAGUUUGAUAUGGAAGAAUACGCCAAAGAUGUUGGAACAAAGAAACUGAUGCAUGACACCAAGGAACAAAUUCUCAUGCACCGUUGGAGAUACCCAUCUCUUUCUUUGCAUGGCAUUGAGGGAGCGUUCUCCGAAGCAGGGGCCAAGACUGUUAUUCCUCGCAAGGUCAUCGGCAAGUUCUCUAUCCGUCUGGUACCUGACAUGGAUCCUAAACUGGUGGAAAAACAGGUAAUUUCUCACCUUGAGAAGAAGUUUGCAGAGUUGCAGAGUCCCAACAAACUAAAGGCAUAUAUGGGACAUGGAGCCAAAGCCUGGGUGUCUGACUUUAACCAUCCUCACUAUAUGGCUGGAAGAAAAGCUAUGAAAACCGUAUUUGGUAUGGAGCCUGACCUCACCCGUGAGGGAGGAAGUAUCCCUGUGACCCUAACCUUUCAAGAAGCUACGGGACAAAAUGUUAUGUUGCUUCCUGUUGGCUCUUCUGACGAUGGAGCGCACUCUCAGAAUGAAAAACUCAACAGAUCCAACUAUAUUCAGGGCACCAAGAUGUUGGGAGCUUACUUCUAUGAAGUAUCUCAGCUUAGUUAACUGGAAUGUCUGGCUCGCCUUUGACUAGGCUGGUGUUUUUUUAAGGAUUUGCAAUAUGAAAUACUCAGAAAAGGGUACAGCCUCUAAAUGAUGUCAUAUCAUACAAGCUUUAUUUCACCCUGGUGGCAUUUAUGUGUCGAAAGAGAACACCUGUAAACUACACUUUAUGUGUAUGUGUCACCAGUUUGCUUUUACCGUAGUCCAUUUAUUAAAUGAUAUGCUAUACAGUAAAUGAUCUACUGUAGUUAUAAAAAUUAAAAAACACACCGUUCAUUUAUGCUUAUGUAUCUCUAUCGUCCAUAACAUAUUUCUGCUCAUGUCUUAAUAUCUGUUUUUUUAUUCGGCUGUCAUUAAUAUGAACUAUGACCUCAUGUCAUUGGUGAUAAUACGUUUGUAUACAUUACAUAUGCACACCAAUUACCUGCAAAUAAUCUUUUUUAAUUGAAACUUUUUGAUUCCUUUCCUAAAUGCAUUUUACCCAACUAUUGUAUUGCUGCUAGACAACUUGAUGCACUGCUUGAAACUGAUUUUGGAUAUCUAUACAAUAAAAAUCUGGAGUCUUAAA